CCGAUUAAAUUAAGGAAAGCCGUUGAAUCAUUCUGUCAGCAAUAUUUAUCGUUUUGGACAUUGCAAAGGUUGCUCCUUAUUAUAAAAUAGUUCUACGUUUUGCUUAUCUCAAUAUAUGUAAAUAUUCCCGUACUACUCAUUGAGUUUGUGUUGAAGUCGGAUCACAUAGUGUUUAAUUUCGAGCAACAAUGUUUGCCAAACUGAAAGAGCGUUAUGACAAGUUUCUAAAUGAGAAGAACUUCGUAACAGACUAUCUGGGGAAAAUCGAGGAGAAAACUGGAAUUAAAAAGAACUACAUUGUUGCAGGUACCCUCUCUCUUACAGGGCUGUAUUUAAUCUUUGGAUAUGGUGCCUCUCUGCUCUGUAAUUUGAUCGGUUUUGUGUAUCCUGCAUAUUUGUCCAUUAAGGCGAUUGAGAGCGCAGACAAAGAAGAUGACACCAAUUGGCUGACCUACUGGGUCAUCUAUGGAAUUUUUAGUGUGGGUGAAUUUUUCUCUGACAUAUUCCUCUACUGGUGCCCUUUCUACUAUGUUGGGAAGUGCUUAUUCCUGCUUUGGUGCAUGGCUCCUGGGAGCUGGAACGGGUCUCAAAUGCUUUACCAUCGAGUGGUGCGGCCAUUCUUCCUCAAACACGAGGCCGAGCUGGACAGAGUGGUGAACGACCUCAGCGGGAAGGCCAUGAGCGCUGCGGAGAGCGUCACCAAAGAAGACUGACCUGAAUGUAGACUAAUUCGCAAACAAAUUCCUCAACCAGAACACCGCAAAGUCUAAGUGACCUGAUGAAAGACUGAAGCGUGUUGAUGUCACAUGUUUAAACCGGGUUUAACUCUCAUCACUCUUCUAAUUCACAACUGAUAGUUAAUGAGCUACUGAGGGGGACCAGGAGGAAUGCUGUCUUGCAUUUCCUUAAUAAAGGUUCAAGUAAUGUGUCCCAUUUUGAUAUAUCUGUGGAUGCUAGAUUCCACAAGAAUCAAGACGUUAGAAUCAGGAAAAUGAAUCAGGAAGUCAUAUUAAACCAUUACAUAUUAGCCAUUGGUUGUUGCAUUCUUAUUUGUGCAACAAUCUCUGUUGCUGAUAUCAACACUUAACGAUGUUUACAAUCAAUCAGUAUCUUAUGUAUGUUCAGCAGAAGGUUUUAAUAAUUGAGCAAUUUUGUUAUUAUCCAUUAUAGUCUUUUUGUAACUAAUGAUUAGGGCUGGGUCACAGAAUUAAAUACAUGGAAAACUUAUCUGAACUUGUUAGAAAUAUGGUGUGAUUAUUGUUUGCCAGAUUUCCUUACUGCCAUCUCCUUUACAAGAGUUAUAGAAAAGCAGUACAACAUUAAUGCAGAAUAAGGUAUAGUACUAGCUGAACACAAAAUGUCCAUACAAACAAACCACAUGGAGCACUCAUCUAAUUGGCUAUGGAGAAAUUCAGUUAGACUGUGGAUAAGGUUGAAUAAAUCUUCAGACAGCGUGACAAAAUGUAUUUUAAUGAAGGAUUGUCCAUGUAUUUGUACUCUAAUAAAACAAUGAUGAUUAAACUCUA